AUGUCACCACUACCUUUAAGCCAAGGAGUAAUCCUGGCACUGCUGCAACAACGUGCGUGUGACAUCAUUAACGAGACCACAAAGAAGGUAUCAUGGAUGGCUGAUGUGGCGGUGGCCAUCAACCCUGCAGAUCCAAUGAUCUCUGUGCACGUGCGACCCAUCUUCGAGCAGGUGUAUCAGAUACUGAAUCAUCACAGGAAUCUACCCACAACUUCUUCAGGGAAUGCUUCCAACAUCCGGCUUCUCAUGUAUGUCAUUAACUCCGUGCUGAUGAACUGUAAAUGA